UUAGACACUGAUGGGUUUGUGAAGCUACAGGAGGCUAUCUUACCAGAUAUAUUCCAGUGUAUGUCUGAUGGCGACACAGAUAAAACUAGCACAAGAAAAAGGGCAACCAAGGCUGUAGAUAGAACCCUGAACUUUUUAGAUGAUGUACUGGAUAAGAUAAACAAGUCAAAGAGACUGGGGAAGUCAGUAAUGUUUGGAAGCAUCGUCGGCGGUUACGAUCUUAAAGAGAGACAGAGAUGUACCCGAGAAACUGUUGCCAGGAAUGUUGAAGGUUUUGCUCUUGAGGGUUUUCAUGCAAUGGGACCAAAUGCAGAAGAUUUUGACUUGUCCGGGCCUGCAGAUCUUAUAUCUGAAAUAAUUAAAUUAUUACCGGAGGAGAAACCACGACUGAUGCAGAGUGUAUGGAGACCAGAUGCUGUACUUAAAGCUAUAGGGCUUGGCAUUGACAUGUUUGACUCAUCAUAUCCUUAUGUGGUGACGGAGAGGGGGCAUGCUCUUGUGUUCAAGUAUGAUUACAAAUAUAACCCAGAGGAACAGGACUGUAGCAUGCCAACCAGUCUGUCAAUAAAUGUCAAUGAUCAAAGAUAUGUGGAGGACUUCUCUCCCCUGUUGGCAGACUGUAAAUGCUAUGCAUGUGAAAAUUUUACCAAGGCUUACAUAAAUCAUUUACUAAAUACAUCUGAACUUCUGGCAUCAACAUUAUUAAUGAUACAUAAUUUUCACCACUAUUUUCAAUUCUUCAAGACAAUAAGAGAAGCUCUGGCAGAGAACAGAUUUCAAGACUUGCAAAUAUUAAUUGAAAAACAGACUCCAAUAAAGGAAGCAUCUUAAAAUUUA